AUGAACGUUGUUGUGGAAAUCAGUACGGGUACACUUGCUGGUUAUCAAUCAAUAUCUACCUCAGGAAAGCUUGUGAACAUUUUCAAGCGAAUUCCAUACGCUGCACCACCUGUUGGAGAACUACGUUUCCAGAAACCGCAACCGCCCUUGAAAUGGAAGGGUGUGUGGGAUGCAACCGAGUACGGGCCAGCUUGUAUGUCGAAUUCUUCAACAACCAAAAGUCCACAGAAAUGGGUGGAUGAGGACUGUUUGCAUGUGAAUAUCUUUGCCAGUACUGACUGUCUGGAGAAAGCUUGUCCCGUAGUUUUCUACAUCCACGGCGGUAAAUUCAACUAUGACUCUGCUGUCAUGUUUAACGACGACGUACUGGUCAACAAUUUCGGGGCAAAUGGCGUUGUUCUGGUGAUUCCUGGAGUACGGCUCGGAUUUUUCGGCCUACUAACUUUCGCCUCGGACAAUGUCGUUCCUAGGAAUUUAGCGGCAUACGGUAUUAGUUUUCAUGAUUUACCAACUGAGCGGUUGCAAAUUGUAAAUGAGCAGCUUACAGACCUCUUAGCUGCUUUGCACUUCGUCCAGAAGGAAAUCCAUCAUUUUGGAGGCGACCCCAACGAUGUCACUUUGAUGGGCCACUCGGGUGGAGCUGGAGCGGCAGCACAGUUUGCAUUAUCCAAACAGAUCGAUCCUCACUUGAAGUUCGUUCCUGUCAAUUCCAGUGAAAUAUUAUUCCAAAAAAGUAUUAUGAUGUCACCACCAGUGCCGUUUUCGAAUGAAACACACAUGCAGAACCUUACAAUGGAAAUGGCAUAUCGGGCUCAGGUAAUUAUUUCUUCUACAGAACUUCUUCAAGUAGUACCUCAUCAUGACAGUGAAAAAAAAUUAUAA